CCCGGGCUCUUUUUUUUUUUUCCCUUUCCCCCUCCCUGUUUUUCGAAGAACGGAGCCUGCUGCCAAGAAUCGGCGCUCGCGACUGAGCUGCCAGCAACCCUUCCCACGAAACGCGGCCGUUACUUGUUGCGGAGGCCCUGGCGCUGCCGCCCGGGUGAAUCAUUCGUUCCUUCAUUCCCGCUCUUCUUCCCGUAAAAGCAAAGCGGCACGUGCCCCCCCCCUUUCCCCCCGGCUGCAAACAGCCGCAUUUACCAGCCGCCCCGGCUCUGGGGCGGUCAACUCUGCCCUGGAGCGGGGAACGUGACUAAAUGUCCCCGGCUCGCCGGUGGGAGCUGAAAAGCAUUUCGAAAGGUCGUCAACCCCCUGCUCGAAAACAUCGCCCCGCUCGCUCGGGGUUUGGCGCCGCUUCCGCGUUGCACCGCUGGCAGCGGCCCCGUCCCGUUAUACAACGCUUUUUUGGCCGAGCUCCGGCCGGGUGUGCUGGGCCGCCGGCUCUCCCGCGCCCGCUUUCCCCCUCUCCGCGAAUGUUCCCCCCCCUCCGAUUGCAAAGCUUCAUUUAUCGCCACCCUCCCUGCUCUGCCGAGCGGCAGAAAACCUGUUUGGGGGUUUUUUUUUUCCCAGGAAAGUGCCAGGGCUCGGCUUGGUUUGGGGGGGGGGGGGCAGCCUGAUCCCCCGUGCCGGGCGGGAAGGGCCGCUCGCUCUCCUGGGUUUUCCCUCCCUCCCGUGGCUCCUGCUGUCCCGAAUCGCCUUCCCGGCCCUCCCUCCGCAGCCGGGGCACCUGGCGACCGAAAUUGGAGGAGAAGGGAAGAAAAUCCCCGCCGCGCUCCCGCCCCGAAGGCGAAAGCCCCGCCGCGCCGGGGCUCAUCCGAAGGCUGGAAGUGAAAAGUGUGGUGCUGCUCCUAUAAAACCGGGCCUUCCCUCGCCCGCCGAAACGGGGCUGCUCCCCCGUCCCGAAAGCGGAGCGGGCGCCUCCGAAACGCCCCGGUGCCGCCGCCGCCCUUUGCACCUUGCGCCCGACGGCCGUGCCCCGCCGGCUCCCCACCCCGGCAAACCCUCCCCUCGCCUAUAACCGGGCGGCCGCGGGCGCCGCGGCUCCUCGCCCGCCAUGGAGAGCUACCCGCCCGCCGUCAGCAUCAACAUGCCGCCCUCGGGGCCCUUCUACGGGCAGGGCCCCCCGUACGCCGCCCCCGCCACCGCGUUCGGCCGGGCGGAGGUCCCCAGCCCCGCGCCGGCGCCGCGGGACUACGUGCUCUGGUCCUUCUUCAACACCUUGUGCUGCUGCAACCCUUUCUGCCUGGGCUUCAUCGCCCUCAUCUUCUCCGUCAAGGCCAGAGACGAGAAAAUCGCCCGGCAGCCGCUGCUCGCGGGGAAAUACGGGACGACGGCCAUGCACCUGAACAUCGCCGCCUUCGUCCUGGGCACCCUGCUCCUCGCCCUGUGGCUGGUGCUGCUCUUUCUGUACGCCCCGAUGCUGCACCUCGCCACGUAGGGCCCCCGCCGCGGCGCCCGGCCCCCCCCGCUGCUUCGCCCGCCGGCCCCGGCCCCGUAAAGCCCAAUAAAGCUGCUGUGCUCUUGCGUUUCGGGAGGUAUCGUGUUUUUUUG